AAUAUUGGUUGACAUAUCAUGUCAAAAACAUUCGUUCCCUCCGGAGGUCUUGACGUCAUUAAGAGGUCUUAAUCUUCCAGUGUUUGGGAAAAGUCAUGUAACGGGCGCGGUGAAAAUCUAAUCAAAACUAUGUUUGAAGGCGCAGUGGCCGGUAUUCUUAAUCGGCUCUUGGGCAAAUAUGUCCAAGACCUCGAUACUGAAAAUCUUAAUGUUGGCAUCUUCAGUGGAAAUGUUAAUUUAACCGAAUUAAAGCUUAAGCCUGAAGCUCUGUAUGAACUAGAUCUCCCAAUCGAUGUGAAAAUCGGUACAAUUGGAAAAAUCAAUUUACAAAUACCAUGGUCGGGUCUGUACACACAGCCUGUGGUUGUACACAUAGAGGAUGUCCUCAUACUAGUCGGUCCAGCUAUAUCUAAUAGCUAUUUCGAUCCAGAACGCGAGAAGCGACUAACAAGAGCAGCGAAACGGAAGAUCCUUCAGGAUUUAGAGGCUGAGAGUGAGAUACUAAAGGGCCCUCAGAACUUCUUCGAGAAUUUAUUUACAGCGAUCGUAAAUAAUCUUCAGAUUUAUAUAAGGAACGUGCACGUGAGAUAUGAAGACUCCAUCAGUUCUAAGGAUGGGCCGCUUGCGUGUGGAUUGUGUUUGCAGAGUUUGUCUAUUGAGACUACGAAUAGCAAAUGGAAGCCCGCGGUAACACCGGCUAACGCGUCCACGGUAUACCAAAUGAUGCGUAUUGAAUCUAUGUCUCUCUACUGGAAUCCAACAGCCACGGCGUUAGAUGACAGGGAGAUAGCCCAUAUAACGCCGAUGCAGUAUUAUAAUUGGAAGCAUUAUAUGCUCACUGGAUUAGACAAAUUCUCGAUGCAUCAGGAGGACUUUGAGUUUCUUUUAAAACCAGUUACUUGCAAAGUAAAGGUUCUAAUUAACCGGUCUGGCGAGGCGCGAGUCCCACGACUUUUGGUGGACGCGGUGCUUCAAGACAGCGCUUUACAGCUGUCAAGGCGGCAGUAUCUUUCGAUUGAUAACCUCCUGGCUUCGUUUAGAAGAAUACAGCUUAAUAGAAAAUAUAGACAUCUUCAUCCCGGGGUACCAUUACUGAAAAACAUUAAAAAAUGGUGGAGAUAUGCCUACAACGUGGUUUUAGAACAACGUGUUCGUCCCUACACCUGGGCGGCAAUCAAAAAGCACAGGGAAAACUACAAUAUUUAUAAGAAAACUUAUAAGAGUCUAUUGAGAAGUCCAAAUGAUAUAGAAUUAAAGAUGGAUUUGCAGAAGUGUGAGGAUAACUUGCCGAUCAUAUCGGUCGUUAUUGCGAGGGAACAGGCUAAGUUUGAGCUUCUCAACCAAGAGCCCGAUAGAAUUGAAGUGGUAGAGACGGAAUUUGAUUGGUGGAAUCCACUAUCAGAUUCUGAGAACGAAGUUGACAGCGUCAAGUCGAAGGCUGAGCUUUGCGUUAAAACUGAGAGGAAUAAAACAUUGUGGAGCCAUCUCUCAAGUCCCGAGAAGAAAAAGGUCUGUGAGCUGAUCGGAUAUGUGGAGGGUGAACCUUAUAAGGAGAAAUCUAAACAAUGCAUUGAGCACAAAAUAAAUCUAACUCUGGCGAAUAGCUCAUUGACAUUGAUGAACAGGAAUAGAGAAGUUCUAGUGGUUACUCUUACUCAAUUCCUCGCAUCUCUCGAAACAAGACUGUCUGCUAAAGCAUACAAGUUUUCAGUUCGAGCAGAUAACAUAGUUGUGGAAGGCGUGUCGUCAGAUGGCGAGUUGGUACAGUUAUUGGUCACUGCGCGAGAAAACACUCUUGGAACCGCCUUAGCAUUGGACAUUGAAAGAAACCCGAUUAAUAAUCAUGCGGAUUUGGCAAUAACUUGUCUCAUGGAACCUUUAGAGAUGGUUUAUAUUGAGCAUGCUAUAACGGAACUUAUUAAUUUCUUUCAAACCCAUUCAAUGAGUUCUGACGAGUUAUUACAAGAAGUUACCACGGCUAUUGAAGAAGCAGGAAAUAUCAGUAAAUCGGUUUUAACUUAUGCUGUUAGUAGGAAGAAAGUGUUUAACAUCAAUGUGGAUGUAAAAGGGCCAUGUGUGAUUGUACCUGAGCAUGGUUGUAUGCAUAAGCCAGGACGUCUAAUGGUAAUCGAUAUUAAUCGAAUCAUAAUAAAAACUGACUUGCAACCAUCGAACUUAGUUCUGGAAGAUGCUACGUGUAUGGAACUCGAAGAAAAGUUAUACGAUCGUUUCCAUGCAGAAUGCUCAUUCCAGAUUUUAUUCUGCGAUUGGAACGAGCCAUGGCGAGAGUCGAGAAAACUUGGAGAUUCUGAACAUCAUCUCGUACCAAGGGUUAAGAGCACAUUAGUCUUUUCAACCAGUAUAAGGAAAGAUUAUAAACUUCUUCCGAGAUACAAAUUGAAUAUUUCACUGUCGAGUCUCAAAUUAAAUAUUUCUGAUCGGAUCAUUGGAUUUCUUUUGGACUACUUCGAUAAUCUGCCGAUUCCUGUACCUAACACCGUUCCUGUAUCCUUCAUGGAUUCUGGCGAUUAUGCGGAAGACCUCCUGGAUCCAGAUUUGGUAGAGACCCUGCAAUUGGACAGGGUCCUAGCCGACCCUGGUUAUGGAGAGCUGGUUAAAUUAAGAAGGAAGAUCGUUUCUGCAUAUUUCAAGAGGAAUAGAGAACCAGAAACCCAACUGGACGGCGGUCACUCUCAUUCUCCUACCGUCGAAUCUCUUCCGCCGGCAGACAUCAGUGAUGAAGAAGUAGAGGAAUAUGCACGAUCUGUGGACCUUCCCGGCUUCGACGAUAAUGUAUCACCUAGCAACAAUAUUGGGACGCUUCUAAGAUUUAUCAUUGGUGAGAUUGUAAUAAAUCUCAACCGAUCCAACGAUCAAGUGGACCGACCCUACAUCAUGUUAAGCGUGACAAAGCUGUGUCUUGAUGUGGCUCUAAUGGCCUAUGGUCCCGCCGUACAAUUAUCAGUUGGAUCAGCAUUGCUUACAGAUAAGCAGCACCACAGCAGUACUGGACAAUACUUGGAGUUGUUGACUAGUAGUGAAGAGCUGUUUAACUUACUUUAUAGAAAGGUCCGCGCAAACUGCCCGGAGUUCCGCUCUCAUUUCCACAACGUAGAGCAUGCGUUAGUGGCCGAUACGGGAGACAUCUCUAUACUAGCGCAUGCCCCGGCUCUGGCCACGCUGAUCAAGUACUUGGAGUAUAUACAAAGAAAAAUACAAAAACGUCACGCUAUAAAUGUAACAAGCGUGGUGUUGCCAAAGACACAACGAUUGUGGGACCUUCUUAUGGAACCUGAGGCUGACCCGCCCGUACCACCUGGAGCUACAAAAUUCAGUUAUUCUAUGCGGGUAUCCUGUAUACGAAUUCGCGCGUGUCAAACAGAAGGCGCUGUAGAAUGGCGAAUCUUGGCAUUGGAGAGUGACUGUGUUUUUCGCGCCAACGAUCGACUUGUCUUUCGUCUAUACCUUGGAUCAUUGCAAGCUGACGAUUUAUCUGAUGCCACGCUCUAUCCGAAGUUGGUAUGGCCAGACGAAGACAAAGUGUUAGAAAUGAAAUAUGUACGUUCGUCGAGUGGUGUUGAAGCGAGACCCCGCGCAGAGCUACGUAUAUACAUAGGUCGACUACACAUCGUGCUGUUCUGCUCGCUUAUAUAUAAUUUGCAGCAAUUCCUCGAACUGCUCAUACCUACUACGGCGGCGACUGAAGCGGCUGUCGCGGCGGAGAGAGCGGCUCACGAACAAGCAGCGGAAUUACGAACUUCUGUCAUCAGAGUCAGUCUGGCUAUUGAGAUACACGCGCCAGUUUUGUUGCUGCCUCAAAAGCCAUCGUCGCCUAAUUUAUUGGUUUUCAACUUAGGUGAUCUCAUGAUAGAGAAUUUCUUCAAGACCGUGAAUAUAAGCCAAGAAGCUUCCAGUCCCAUUCAGAGUCCCGUCAUAGACAACGUUUUAUUCAAACUAGACAAUAUCACUCUGUCCAGAGCUGUCAUGACUUUAGCUGGUACUUUAGAAGUUCAGGAACCAAUCCUAGAAUCUAUAUCAGUGCGUUGUGACUUAAAACGUACAAUUGGGUACGUUCAAGUGUCAAACGUCGCCGCGUAUCGAGACUUACUUCUGUGUGAAGCGGAUAUAACGAUGGAUACCGUUAAUAUUAAUAUUGGACAGAAGGACUUGGCUACGCUCUUCGCUGUAUGGACUGACAAUUUGAGCGAAGGCAAUUAUAUUGGUAUGAUUGUGCCAACAUCGCCUAUAGAGUUGGCUCCAACAGACGAGCAAGUUAAAAAGUUGCAAGCUUUCUUUGCGCAAGGUGAACCUGUGCGCAAGGAAUCUGUCAUAAGAUUCACCCUAGAAGGAAUAGAACUCAAAUUAUUCUCAGAUCUCGACGAAGUCUUAAGUUCUCCAGUCCGUGACUUAAACCAUGGCUUAGCGAAAUUAACAUCGGGAGAAGCAACCGUCGUGUUCGAUUACUUUUCAGACAAUAGUGUUGAGAUGAAAGCCAGUCUGCAGAGCCUACUAGUUGAGGAUAUUCGACCUGAUACAAGUAUUGCUAUACGAAGAAUCUUCCAAUCCCAAGGCGGUGGAUCUCGCUCAUCCGGUGGAAUAGCCGUAGUGCGGCCUGCGUUACUUGAGCUCUCUGUGCGAAGAUCGUCCCGUGCCAUUAGCGUCGAUCUUAGAGUGGAAAAGACGAGACUGAACUUGGCUCCACCCUUCUUGAUUAAUUUAGUCAGGACUCUUCUCAGCGCUAUGCCUGGUGAUAAAACCAUGGAUGGUGGCGUGGUAAACCAUGGCUACGUGGGUGAUCCGCCUAACCGUGGUAACAAUAACAGAACUGGAAGGUUUCCCAGCUCGAGUGAUUCUACCAGCGGUUAUUAUUCUACGGCAACGUCAGCCCCCGAAGAGAGACCCAGCCUAUCAAUAUCAAUACAAUGCCGACAACCCGAGAUAAUGUUCUUUACCGACCUUAAUAAAACUGAAGGACACGCCCUUCUUCUCAGGACAGAGCUGAUCGUGGAUUACUCAUUCCACUCCAAUACUGAAUCCUUAGUAAUAUCCCUCGCUGGGCUUCAAAUUAUGUCGAAAUUACAAUCUAAAUUAAAAAAUCUUCCACCCCAGCUAGUACUGAAACCGUGUGACCUUGAAUUCUCAAAAAGCUUUAAAAGUAUCGAGGAAGGGGUCAAAGUAAAGUUGUCGGUGUCGGAAGUCAACAUGCACGUCGCAGCGACCACAAUACACACUGUUCUAGACAUAAUCGAAGAAGUGUCCUCGGAGCUGGCUGUCCCGGAUGAAAAGGAGCUAUUCAACUUCUCAACUUAUAAUCCCCAAUCGGAGAAGAAUGACGAGGAUCUCUGGGCUCCAAAGAAAGUUGCUCCGUACCUCUCCUUUCAUACCGAAGAUACGUACUUACAGCCAAAGUAUCCAGCUGGAAAAGUUACAGAGACAUUCGUAGUUACUGUCCCAAUAGUGCGCAUUAUGUUUGAACUUGAACAGACUGCAAGGAUUCCGGUUCUGUUGGUUAAGAUGUCUACCGAGCUUACUAUAUCAGAAUGGACAGGCGAGGCGCGUGGGUCAGGAGGACUUCGUCUUCAGGCCAGUGUAUAUAAUGAUCAUUUGUCUGUAUGGGAGCCGCUUAUAGAGCCUGUGGUAGAAGAUAACAAACAGAGCGCCUGGGAACUCAUUGCCACUAUAUUCCAGGCCAAAUCGUACCCAAUGUCGGCACGUUUGAUUCAGAACGAGCAAGAGGAAUCAGUAUCAGACCAUGUCCGACAAACAAAGAAAAAGAACAAAAAACGCAAUGAAUUUGGAUCAGAGACGUCUGCAGAUGAGGCUGAUACAGAUAAUGAGAUGACUUUUAUACGUAGUCCUUAUGAUAAAGAAAAUAAGGGCUAUAAUGUUGACUUUGAAGCUAGCAGUGUGUCGUUCUUGAGGGCAUUGGAUAUUGACGAGUCAAAUUCGGACAGCGAAGGAGAGAAGAUGGAUAAAAUGUCCGAUGCCAUGGGACAUUUGUUUAUGGACAGUGAAUCAAGUGCUGAAGAAGUCAGCAAUGAUGAAGACUCCUCGGCCCCAGAACAGAGCGAUAAAGAAGAAGAGCAGCCUGAAACUCUCAUUGAUGGAGAGGAGAAAAAAGAAGAGCACAAAGCGGUUACAGUUCAGGAACCAGAAAGGGAAGAUAGCGUGGAGUCGACGUCUGAAGAGAAUCGUCUAUGCACAUACGUAGUGUUGGAAGCCCGAUCUCUACUCUCAGUGACUUUAGGACCUUCCGCCGCGCGUGCGCUUAGAGCACUUAGUGAGGCUGUAUUGGACCGAACGGCUGUGGUAUCUGCAAUUGUGGCUCCUGGUUUGACGCUCGUCAAUGAUAUAGGACCUGGUUCCUCAGUGCAACUGAGAACUAAAACCGAAACAGACUUGACUGGUAACGAUAAAGUUCUCGCCGAAGCUGACUAUGACCUUGAUACCAGCAGACCUAGCACUCCAGGUUGUGAUACAUCCGGGGCAGACUUGCUGGAUGAAAUGGAAAAGGAGUCUAAGCAUGAGAUGACGGAUAUAAGUGAUGAAUGGGACUGUUUCGAAGGUGGCUUCGGAUAUAGCGCAGUGGGUGGGGCCUCUCAUACUUCUCCGGGAGCACCGCCUACCGCAGAUUCCUUACAUCGACGACUUACAGACAAUACGCUGCAUAUCAAACUUCAGGACUUCGAUAACCUCACUAUUCUAUGUCCCCAACGUGCGGUGUCCAAGCUACAUGUCUUACAUCCAAGUAAAAACGGUACGCGAUACUACAUUGCUGUCGAAAGAACAUCCAAGUUCAACAACAAGAAGAUUGUUGUUAGAUCACCUUUACAGGUUCGCAACGAAACGUCUUACGCCUUGGAAUUACUGUACCGACAAUCAGAGCUAGAAGCAGCCGGUGUAGAAUGUGUGGGCUCAGUGAGGAAUCCAUUCUGCGGACUUCUACGCCUUGCCGUCAUUGCACCAGACGACACUUUCAACGUUCCUCUUUACGUGGCUUAUCACUGUAGACUCUAUGUUGUACCUACUAAUUUCGAAAGUUUCAAAGCAAGUUCACAAGGUAUGUGGUGGAUGGACCUCAUCAAUGACAUUGGGACUCCUCGUGACAUAAUGUGUCCAGCGUUGGAAGACAAUGAUUCCAGUGUAUUUGCUAUGAGAGUAUUGCCUGUUGAAGGAUGCCAGUCAAGCAAAAUAAAUAGAUCAAUUCCGAACUUACUGAUACGCAUCGUAGCGCCAUUGGCACUACACAACCGGGUACCACAUGCCCUACAAGCCCAGGUCAAAAUUGCCACGGAAAAGUCAGAAAAAAAUACGGAAGACUUAAAAGUGAGGUUGGAAGCUGGAGAAAAAUCGCAUUUGUAUACGUUACCUCCUGGAAAGCCGAUACGGUUCACAUUAGAUGUUCAUUACUUAGGCUUACCUUGGACUGGAGGAUUUACCUAUUUACCUGAUAUGAACGAAAAGACGAUAAGUAUGACGACAGAAUGUGAGACGGAGGGUGGUAAUAAACGACUCGUGAUUCGAGCGCGGUUAGAGCAAGCCGCCACUUUGAGGCUACUGUUGUACGCGCCCUAUUGGAUAAUUAAUAAAACUGGAUUACCACUACAGAUAAAGGGUCGAUCAGAUGUUUGCUACGAAGUAACAGAAGAGCCGUUACUAUGGUGUGAGAGUGGAUCGCGUUUGUGUCGACGUGGUGAAAGAGUACGGGUACGCGCACAUCAGUCGGGAUGGUCGCGAGCUACGCGAUUGUAUGCAGAGUCACCGGGUCUGUUAGUCUGUGCUCACACUGAAAGGAAGAUCAAUUAUCGGAUAUUGCUGCAAGUGACCCUAUCCGAACUAUCGCCUCAACUGACAAAGAUCGUGACCCUCUUACCAUACUUCAUUGUUUACAACGACACCAAGAAGCAUUUGCGUUUCAUGGAGGAAAACGAAACGGCUGAUCUGUGGAUAGACUUAGCUCCGCAGCAAUGCACACCGUUUUGGCCACAAUCUGACUCUAUGGCUAUGCAUUGCAAGUUCCGGGACUCAAUGGUCGUGUCGCAACACUUUCCUAUUGCUGAGAACCAUUUCACAGUUCUGAGGAUGGAUAAAGGAUCAGCUAUCAGCGUAGAGGUAACAGGUGGUACGGACCGACCGUUCACGAUCACGUAUAAGCCAUAUCGCGCAGGCGAUUCACCCGUACGCAUCGACAAUUUGUGUGAAGAUCUUUUCCUGAAGUUACAUCAGAUGAAUUCGGGGCAAGUGGCGUUACUCAGUCCCUACCAAUCAAUGUUGUACACUUGGGAUGAUCCCCUAAAGGAAAGAAAUCUUAUUUGGAACAUUUACAAUAACAAGGGUAAAGGAUUCACCGCUGAUUUCUCGCAAGAUGGUUACGGCGAAGAGAAAGUUUGUUUUCACACUGUGAAACAGUCAACACAUGUCGUCACUAGUAGUGUGACAUCUAAGCUUUCUUCCACUUUUAAACGACUUACUCCCAAAUCACCCGAACUAUCCACCUCCAGCAGUGACGACUCCGAUAUGUCCGAUCCACCGGAACAUAUACAUAAGACCAAGAAAAUGAGGAAAGAUAAGGUGGUCGUGUUCUGGAUAUCUUAUAUGGACGGUUAUCAAAGAGUUUUUGUAUUAGCCCAAGAUGAACGUAUCGCGUAUCAAUACAGAAUGAGCAUUUACGCUGAAAGAAGCAAUUACGAAGUAUUCUUGGCCUUGUCCAGCGUCAGUCUUUCCAUUUGCGUUCCGACUGAUAACAAAGUAAAGGAACUGUCCUAUAUCAGUAUAUCGGAUUCACUCCCACGCUGGGAAGUCAACGUUAGCAAUAAAUGGAAACAGUUAGCUCCAGACCUCACAGCUUGGAUAGAAGAGAAAUACCAAACCGAGCAAAAGAAAUGUCAACUCAAAGAAUAUCUCCACAUAGACUUGGAGAAGAUGCAAAUGACGAAACCAUUCUUUUCUGAACUACGAAGAACGUAUAACCCUGGAGUCUGGUUACACUUGCGCAAGUCAGAAACCUACACCUACUGUCAUAUGAAACUCCAAAGGCUGCAAAUAGAUAAUCAGUUGCACGAAGCAGUGUUCCCAAGUGUCUUAUACCCUGCUACAUUGCCAGCCCAUUUAAAAUCAAAGAGAGAUAAACCCUGUAUAGAAGUCCAGCUCCUAAAACAGUAUCGGCCGUCAUUAAACCAUGACAUCUACAAAAACUUGAAAGUUGUGAUACAAGAGUAUUGUGUGAAUUUAGAUAGAGGAUUCGUGAACCACGCUUUUGAUAUACUGAAUCACUGGAAGGUGGAUGAAAAGCCAGCGGUGAGGUUAAGGGCCGACUUGGCGCUCGUUCAUAUGCCGCUACCGAUCAUAGCCGUGAAGGGACAGACAAAUGCUCAAAGGAGUGUUAUUUUCGAGUUUUUACAUUUAUCACCGAUCAAAUUGGUCCUUAGUUUGUCAUCUAGAGGGUACACGGGUGAUGAAGGUAGCCCCAGUAGAAGAUUUGGAGCUCAGAAGGAAAACAGACCGAAGUUGUUUAACAGCGAUUUAUUGGAGUAUUUGUUUAAUUCCUGGGGAUCAUCUUUGUGUGACAUGAAAGAUGUCGUUUUAAGAAUGAGCUACCUAGAGCUAAGAAAUGCUCCAAUAACAAUACCAGCUUUACUGGAUGCCGCAUCACGUCACUACUGGCAGCAGCUUGUUCAGCAGUUCUACGUACUUGUUUUAGGGCUGAACAUCCUUGGAAAUCCUUACAGCUACAUUGGGGACUUUACUAAGGCUUUGAAAUACUUUUAUGAACCGUAUAUGGGUUCUUGUUCUCGUCGGAUGUCUGCUACAUCUCAAGCUGUGCUAAGCGGCGCUACUCGACUGCUAGCAGCAGAGUCACCCCCCCUCGCCACGCCCUAUAAAUCCAUCAAAACGACGCUAGGCAGCAAAGAAAUUAUAGAUGACCUGCCGAGCUCUGUGCUAGAGGCCAACAAAACUAACCCUGCGAGUAUUGCACUUGCCGUUACUGGAGUUAUUGCAAGACCUACGUUGGAUGAAGAUAGUACUGUCGUUCGAUACAUAUGCCGAGAAGUAUCUCGUGUGGCCUUACACCGAACGGGCGUCGACAGCGCUGAAGCGGCGUUGCGAGCGUGCGCGGAGAGAUCCGGCGGCAGGCUCGUUGCUCGUCGAAGGCUUCCCCGAGAUUGCUCUACCCUGGAGGGUAUUAGACCAUAUAGCCCAUCAGCAGCCCGCGGUGCCGCCCUCUUGGCACAAUUGUCCCGUGGUCAUUACGCAGAAACGGACGUGUACGUGGCGCACGCACAUCUCUCGCCGACAUCGCUCGCUACCGUGCUCGUUACUACGCAACACAUAUUCCUGGUCCGGCUGAGUAGUGGCAGAAACUCAUGGAUAGUUGAAUGGGUCGUGAAAUUAGAAGAAUUAAUCGGCGUACCCAUACUAAGAGACAAUAAACUUAUUCUCAAUAUUAAACAGGACGAGCUCGUAAGUUAUUUCUCAACUGAUGAAAAAGUUAUAGAAAUGCAUAACCCUGAAGCAUUGACCUGGCUCCGUAGCAAAAUUGAGUGUGCGCUCAUACAAGCCCUGGAAGACAAGCGCUACAAUAGUGAAUAAGUAAAGACUAACCGAAAUUGAAUUUGACUGUUGCAACGAUGUUUUGACCAACCACGGCCGUGAGUUUGACGAAGUAUACACGCUAACAUCUUAAUCAUUGUAAUCAUAUUUGUUUUUAUAUUGUAAUGAUACAUGCUUAUUUGUAUGAAAAAUGUAACAGCGCCUCUGGUGAACAUUAAGAUUUUUUAAACUUAGAUUGUAAAGCUGUAAUGGAACAUUGUAAUUGCGGGCGUAUCUGCGUCUUAAAUUCUGUUUGCGCCACUUCUUAAUUCCAUCAUGGUUUCAUAGAUUUUAUUCCAAGCUUGGUAUAUUGGAUUAUUAACAAUUAUAAUUAAUUAGCACGAGGAUAGAUGUAGCGAAAUGUCAAUAGAAGAAUCAUAUUUAUGUGGUAAUAAUGAGUUAUAUACUUUACAUUAUUAGAUAUCAUUGCUGUAGAAUGAAAACCUCGUAUGGCAAAUUUUUUUU